UUCCAGUGAGUGGUGGUUACUUUUGCUAUUGAUCCACACCACACAGUUAAACACACUCAAAUAUAUAUAUGCAAAUUUUCUCCAACUAAUUUUUAAUAAUAUAAUGCUGAGCUCUGCAGUUUUCUGCACUGCAUUCUCCCCGUACUCAACAACCUAUUCACAUCUCUCAUUUCGUCCAACCCGGGUCACCUCGAGUCCCACCCGUCUGUCCGUGUCUAUUCGUCUCAAAAAACCGAGCAGACGCUUUCUAGCUUGUUUGUCAAAUGAAGAAAAUUCGGUCACAAAACCCCCGCCUAAACUUGCACUGCAAGGCACAAAGAUUGUACCUUUAGUACUCUCACUAUCAGCCGGUUUAAUCCUACGUUUUGUUAUAUCAAAACCCGAUGAAGUUACUGAUCAAGCAUGGCAGCUUCUUUCGAUAUUCGUAUCCACGAUUGCUGGCCUUGUUCUGUCUCCCUUGCCUGUAGGCGCUUGGGCUUUUCUUGGCCUUACUGCAACGAUUUUAACGAAAACUUUGACUUUCGCUGAAGCGUUUAGCGCGUUUGAGAAUGAAGUGAUUUGGUUGAUUGUGAUAUCUUUCUUUUUCGCACGUGGGUUUGUUAAGACUGGAUUAGGCGAUAGAGUUGCGACGUAUUUUGUGAAAUGGUUAGGGAAGAGUACAUUGGGGUUGUCUUAUGGGUUGACUUUGAGUGAGACUUUGAUUGCGCCGGCAAUGCCUAGUACUACUGCAAGGGCUGGUGGUGUAUUUUUGCCGAUUAUUAAGUCGUUGUCUGUUUCAGCUGGGAGUUUGCCUAAUGAUCCCUCUGCCAAGAAGCUUGGGGCUUAUCUUAUUCAGUCACAGUUUCAGUGUGCUGGUAACUCUAGUGCUCUUUUUCUAACUGCUGCAGCACAAAAUCUCUUAUGUGUGCAAUUAGCCGAGGAGCUUGGGGUGGUGGUUGCAGACCCAUGGGUCAUAUGGUUCAAGGCGGCUAGCUUACCUGCUUUUGCUUCACUAUUACUAACUCCGUAUAUCUUGUACAAAAUUUACCCUCCUGAAAUAAAAGAUACACCCGGAGCCCCUGCUAUGGCUGCAAAGAAACUUGACCUUAUGGGUCCAGUUACGACUAACGAGUGGGUGAUGAUUGGCACCAUGAUUCUUGCCGUCUCUCUAUGGGUAUUUGGGGAUAUUAUCGGUAUAUCAAGUGUUCUUACUGCAAUGAUAGCAUUAUCAAUACUUUUGUUGAUGGGAGUACUUGAAUGGGAAGACUGCUUAAGUGAAAAAUCAGCAUGGGACACUUUAGCUUGGUUUGCAGUACUUGUGGGCAUGGCGAGCCAGCUGACUAACCUUGGAAUCAUUAUAUGGAUGUCAAAUUAUGUUGCAUUUUUCCUGCAAUCCUUCUCAUUGAGCUGGCCUCUUGCUUUUGGUGUUCUCCAGGCGGCUUAUUUCUUGAUCCACUACAUGUUUGCUAGUCAAACAGGUCAUGUGGGAGCCUUGUACUCUGCAUUUCUUGCUAUGCACUUGGUAGCCGGUGUGCCUGGGGUAUUGGCAGCACUCGCCUUAGCUUAUAAUACGAACUUAUUUGGUGCUCUAACGCAUUAUAGUAGCGGCCAGGCUGCCGUUUUCUUUGGAGCCGGUUAUGUAGACCUCCCAGAUGUCUUCAAAAUUGGGUUUGUUAUGGCCUGUGUUAAUGUCUUGAUCUGGACAAUUGUUGGUAGUCUCUGGUGGAAAUUUUUGGGGCUCUAUUGAUCCACAAGUUUUAAGUAAGUACAUAUAUUUAUUAUUUAUAUAAUUAUAACUCCCUUCUUUCACAGUAGUAAUCAAGAUUCCUUUUUUUAAGACGUGGAAUCGUUUAUAUGUAACAAAGCAAUUCAGAUAACGUAAUAGAAAAUGAAGUACGUUCUUCAUUGUUGAUUUAGUGAAGUUUAUUAGUGACUGAACCGUGUCUAUGUAUCAGUCUUAUAUGAAUGUAUAUCGUUUUGGUCAGGUGACUGUUGUUAGUACAUUUCCUAACAUUGAUCUUUAGUACUUCAACAGCAUGUAACAUUUAGCUGACUAGUCCACAAGGUCUGUGAGUCGCAUGUUCCAGGAAUCGCAAACAUCUUACCAUAAUUGUCUUUGUUGUAAAAUAACGUUCGUGAUCUUAUUUUGAAGAAUAUUGAUGCCAAAGUCGUUUCACUGGUUCUAUAAAUGGUCAAACACCUUUUGUUUAUUAAGACUAAAGCCGUGCUAGAAUCUCUCAUCUUGUACACAUACAACUGUAGGAAGAAUUUGGUAUUUUAAUCAAUUAAUAAGUGAUUGUGGUAGACUGAUUCUUGUGAUAAUUCUGGCUACUACCAUCCCAGCAGCCAAAGCAGCUCCAAAUAACGCAUGCAACCGAACACAGAAAUAUUUCGCCAUAAAUAUUUUCAUAUUAUCCUGAAAGAAAAAAGUUCUAUUCACAACGUUGAUGUUUUACAGUAGCAGUACUUUUAAGUGAUUCUGCAACUCACCUGGUGGUUAUCGGAAACAAAGCUGACUACAAGCCUGCCCAUGGGUAGUGUAAGUGCACACAGAAACUAAAUACACAAAAGUCGAUUUAGUUUCUUCAUACGUUUUACCUGCAUGAAAAUAUACACUUGUUCUGGAAAAGGGACUCUAAAUGCUUACUAUGGAAGUGACUGGGAGAGCUCUGCAAAUGCCAAGAAGAAACAGAAGUGCAUAGAGGGAAAUCACUGCCGUUUUCACCACAUUUGAACCUGUUUUUGCGCCGAUCCUCACCUGUAGACGAUUAAGCAGAGCUGUUUCAAUUUUAGAGUCACUUGGAUGGUCUGAAAUGGAGGUUUGGAUUUUCACGUCAAACCACAUGGAAAAUUGUGGUUUGAAUGACUACUUACCAGAGGAGAGAGUUUCCCUACCGCUUUAUCGCCUGUAAUCUGAGAUUGAAAGUCAAAUAAACCUCUGGUAACUAAGAAAGAUGGAGAAAAAGAUAGAAAAAAUACACAGUCGGCAGAAUGGGAGGCUCAGCCAAGCAGUGAAUAUUUGCAUACAGGUAAAAGGCUGUGGUUGCAAAAGGUCCAAAAGCUGCAAAGCACAAUGGUUCUCCCAGACCCAGGUAACUCAACCGGAAAGGUGGGCACUGUGACAGGUUAGUGUACAGUACAAGUAAGCAAAUGCAUAGGGGGGUAUUUCUGUUUUGGGUGUAAUGGUGUAUUAGUACCUGAUAUAUGUAACCACAAGUAAUUGCAGAAGCCAGGAGCAACAUUGACCUCAUAUUUGCAGCCUCCAUGGCUGCCCAAACAAGCCCCGUGGACCCUAAAGCAAGCAAUAAUAAUGCAGCCAUAAGAGUCCCUGACCGGCUGCAUAGGCACAUUACUCUCGUGUUUAGAAUUGACAAACAAGAAACUGAAUCUAGAAGUAUUUGUUUUGUCUGCUUUGCAAGUGAUUAUACGAUACUGAAUUGUCAUGAUCAGAUGAUAAGUCACAAAAGAUACUGUUUGGAUGUGCUUUUGUUGAUUGAAGUUUUAAUAAUUAAA